GUGACACUCAGUCUCACUCGCUAACUCAAACAAAAAUUCUAGAAGUCUCUUCUUAUCAUCUGAUAACAUAAAACCCCUCAAUUCAUCAAAAGCAAAAACUAGUGCAUUCUAGGGUUUUAUCUUCUCCGCUUGUACAACUCCAUUUCCAACAAGAAAAGUAUAACUCGAUACUCUUAGCAAAACAUGGCGACAGCUCAAUUAACAGCAUCAUCAGUCUCGCUUUCAGCGAGGAACUUGACGUCCUUUGAGGGGCUAAGACCUUCAACUGUAAAGUUUGCAUCUCUGAAGGCAGGUGGUCUUUCCCAGCGGUCUUUUCGAAGCUUGGUCGUUAAAGCUGCUACUGUUGUCGCUCCAAAGUACACUUCCAUUAAGCCUUUGGGUGACAGAGUGUUGUUGAAGAUUAAGGUUGCAGAAGAGAAGACUGAUGGUGGGAUUCUACUUCCAACAUCAGCUCAAACAAAGCCUCAAGGAGGUGAGGUUGUUGCUGUUGGUGAAGGAAGGACGAUUGGAAAGAACAAGCUGGACAUUUCUGUCAAGACUGGCGCCCAGGUUGUUUAUUCCAAAUAUGCUGGGACUGAGGUGGAGUUCAAUGGUUCAAGUCAUCUUAUACUGAAGGAGGAUGAUAUUGUUGGUGUUCUUGAGACCGAUGAUAUCAAGGAUCUCAAGCCUUUGAAUGAUAGAGUAUUCAUCAAGAUUGCUGAUGCUGAGGAGAAAACAGCUGGAGGCUUGUUGCUGACAGAGGCAACCAAAGAGAAACCUUCCAUUGGCACGGUCAUAGCAGUUGGACCUGGAACUCUUGAUGAGGAAGGCAACAGGAGACCCUUAUCCGUCUCCCCGGGGAACUCAGUUUUGUACUCCAAGUAUGCAGGCAAUGAUUUCAAGGGCAGUGAUGGGACCAACUACAUUGCACUGCGGGCUUCUGAUGUGAUGGCAGUGCUUUCUUAGUUCAUUUUGAUGCGUCUUACAUGUAUCACUGAAUUUUGUGGUUGAGUUGCCUCAAGGCAUAUGGAUUAUAUUUGUAGUACUUGAAUAUAAAUCAUUGGCUGCUUGCGGUGCUGUUCUGAGUGGAAUUAUAGCGCGCGUUUCUUUUGGGGAUUUCUGGUCCAUAUUCAAUCCUGUAAUUCUGAAAUGAAGCUUUUAUGUUGGGAAA